AAGGUAAGGUUCUAGAUUGUCAUUAGAAAGCAAAAUUAAUAAUCAUAUCAUCGCAUGUGUAGAAAAAACAAGGACAUAAGUGUAAUUAACUUGAUCAGCAGCAUACCAUUACUUAAACUGGAUCACUCGAGCUAGCAAGUAAUUCAGGCACCCAAUUAAGAUGAGAUUCCUACUACUAGCUCCAAUCUUGGUCACCGCCCUCGCCUCCGCCUCCGCCUCGGACUUCAUCCGCACAAACUGUGAUACAACACUCUAUCCGGAACUCUGCUACCACUCCCUAGCCGGGUACGCCAAUGCAGUACAAAGUGACCCGGGUCUGCUGGCCCGAGUGGCCGUGGGCGUGAGCCUGUCCCGCGCCAAGCGCAUGGGCCUCUACGUGGCCAACCUCACCCGCCAAGCCGACUACUCGGCCGACCACCGAGCCACCUCCGCCCUGCACGACUGCUUCUCCGUGUUGGGCGAUGCGGUCGACCAGAUUCGAGGAUCCCUGCAGCAGAUGCGCAGCCUCACCGGCACCGCCCAGGACCUCAGGUUCCAGCUCAGCAACGUGCAGACGUGGAUGAGCGCCGCCUUGACCAACGAGGACACCUGCGUCGACGGCCUCGAUGAUGUCGCCGACGGCCCUAUCAAGGCCCACGUGUCCGCCCGGAUUCUCAAGGUCAAGGAGCUCACUAGCAAUGCGCUCGCUCUCGUCAAUGUCUUCGUGUCUAAGCUCAUCUGAUCUCAUCAUAUGAUGCCAAUUAAUUAAUUUUUAAUUAUAUAUGCUACCUUAGUAAUUUCAUUUUAAUUUUCUUAGAGGACUCUUACAAGUGUGUGUUAUUUUCCUCGGUUUUAUAUAUGCUAACUACUAUGAUAUCAGGAUUAUGUGUAUCAUGUGUCUGUUUGUAUUAUUUGCGUUUUUAACUUAAUUAUGCAUGAGAGUAUGUGUCAUGACUAA